GGAAAACAGACCACAGAUCUCAACCAUUGAUUACGACUUCAACCUUUUCCGAACCUUCUACGCUUUCUCAUCUAUAAAAACCGCCAUUUUCCCUCUCUACUUCACCUUCCUUUCAAAUUUCUCAUCAUCUUCUUCAUCCGUCGACCAUGUCUGCCUUUAAGAGUAAAUACGCCGAUGAGCUGAUCGCUAACGCAGCCUACAUUGGCACACCCGGAAAGGGGAUCCUGGCCGCCGAUGAGUCGACCGGUACCAUCGGAAAGCGUCUCGCUAGCAUCAACGUCGAGAACGUCGAGUCCAACAGGCGUGCUCUCCGUGAGCUCCUCUUCACCGCUCCCGGUGCCCUCCAUUACCUCAGCGGCGUUAUCCUCUUCGAGGAAACCCUCUACCAGAAGACUUCCGAUGGGAAGCCUUUUGUUGACCUUUUGAAAGAGGGUGGAGUCCUUCCAGGUAUCAAAGUCGAUAAGGGUACCGUCGUGCUCCCUGGCACCAACGGUGAGACCACCACACAGGGUCUUGACGGUCUCGGUGACCGCUGCAAGAAGUACUACGAGGCUGGUGCCCGUUUCGCCAAGUGGCGUGCUGUCCUCAAGAUCGGCCCGAAUGAGCCUUCUGAGCUAGCCAUCCACGAGAACGCCUACGGGUUGGCUAGAUAUGCCGUCAUCUGUCAGGAGAACGGUCUUGUCCCCAUUGUGGAGCCUGAGAUCCUUGUCGACGGACCACACGACAUCCGCAAAUGUGCGGCGGUCACGGAGCGCGUCCUCGCAGCUUGCUACAAGGCCUUGAACGACCACCACGUAUUGCUUGAGGGUACCCUCUUGAAACCCAACAUGGUGACACCCGGGUCGGAAAGCAGCAAGGUGGCACCCGAGGUGAUAGCCGAGCACACAGUCCGAGCCCUCCAGAGGACUGUGCCAGCAGCCGUCCCAGCCAUCGUGUUCUUGUCCGGUGGGCAGAGCGAGGAAGAGGCGACACUUAACCUGAACGCGAUGAACCAGCUGAAGGGGAAGAAGCCAUGGUCGCUGUCAUUCUCGUUCGGACGAGCCCUGCAGCAGAGCACGCUCAAGGCGUGGGCGGGGAAAGAGGAGAACGUGAAGAAGGCGCAAGAAGCGUUCGUGGUGAGAUGUAAGGCCAACUCAGAGGCCACACUCGGAACCUACAAGGGUGACGCCAAGCGUGGGGAGGGUGCCGACGAGAGCCCACGUCAAGGACUACAAGUACUGAUGGAUGAUGAUGCGGAUGUCAUCAUCAUCGUCAUGGGUGUGCUGUGAUAUUAUUUAAUAGGGUUUUUGUACCUUCCCUUGACAACAUCUCGGCUUCCCCCUUUUUUUUUGUUUUGUUUGGGGUUUGGUUUUGUUUUGUGAAUUUAGGAUAAACGGGUGCUCGGGGUGAAUGUUGUCCCAAUAAGCUUUCCCUCCAAUUCGGAGUUGGUAUUUGAGUUCCGAAAAUUGUGAACGGUACCAAGCCGAUUAAGUGGAUUUUGGUUUGGUUUGAUUUUA